UACGUUUUCGUUUACCUGGCCAAAAAGAAAGUUGGCUUGAAAGCUCGUAAUGGCCCAUUUAGAGGGUCACAGUAGUAUUGGUAGUUUGUUGUUCCCAUGGGCUUAUCCCCACGCUCUGUCUUGGCCAUCGGCGGCGUCUUCCUGGGUUGCUGCAGCGGAGUGGUGUUCCUGGAACUUCUGGUGAAACUGGAUCCGGGUGCGGGCAACCUGGUUACAGCCGCCCAGUUCGCCUUCAUAGCCCUCGAAGGCUUAAUUUUCACCUCAAAGUUCGGUCGGGUCAAACGGGUUAUCGACCUGAAGAGCUAUGUCCUCCUGGUGGCCAUGUUCUUCCUCACCAGCGUUUGCAAUAACUACGUGUUCCAGUUCAAUGUACCCAUGACGCUGCACAUGAUAAUACGCGGCGGCUCCCUUAUCUCCAACAUGUGCCUGGGCACGCUGGUCCUGAAGAGAAGCUACCGCCUCAGCCAGUACAUAUCGGUGGUCAUGAUCAGCGUAGGUAUCUUCAUCUGCACCUACUUCUCCAGCCGGGAUGUGGCGGAGCACAGGGAUAGCAGCGAGGCGGACAUAUUCUGGUGGCUGGUGGGCGUGGUUCUCCUGGUGCUGGCCCUGUUCAUCUCCUCCUACAUGGGCAUUACCCAGGAGCUUCUGUACCGGCGACAUGGCAGCCAGUGUGCGCGAGAAGCUCUCUACUAUACUCAUUUGUUGCCGCUGCCCGCCUUCUUCCUGAUGCAGGACAACAUAAGGACGCACUGGAGCCUGGCAUUCGAGGGGGAAACCUACCGUCUGCCCGUGCUGGGCGUGGCUGUGCCCCUUAUCCUCCUCUAUUUGGUGGGCAAUGUGCUGGCCCAGCAUCUGUGCAUUAGCUCUGUGUACUCACUGACCACGGAAUGCACCUCGCUGACGGUCACCCUCAUCCUGACCCUACGCAAGUUCAUCUCCCUGGUGUUCUCCAUCGUGUACUUCCGCAAUCCCUUCACCCUGUACCACUGGCUGGGCACAGUGCUGGUCUUUGUGGGCACCUUGAUGUUUGCCAAUGUGAUAAGAGCUCCGAGGAGGGAGGCUGUGAAACAGGAUUAGACUUUACGCUUUUGUGACGAACAAUGUUAUAUAAUUCCAUUUACAUUUUACAUUUAAGUACAAGUACAAGUAAUUACAGAUUAAAAUUAAAAUUAAAAUUAAAA